AUGUCUACCUUCUCACUGUCAGCAUUGAUUGCUUUGUCCUCUGUGGCAUCAGCAUGGCCACACUUUGGUCCUCCUGGUCCUCCCCUCCAUUCUGCCACUCCUCCACCUCCACCUCCUGCAGGCUCCAAUCCCUCUUCCUGGGGCCUUAAGAAAUUCACCAGUCUGGUUGCUUUCGGAGACAGCUACACCGACGACUCUCGUCUCGCCUACUUUGGCUCUCACAAUGGCAGUGCUCCACCAGUCGGCUGGGUCAAUCCAGCAAACUACCAUGCAGCAGAUGGAGGUCGUCCAUGGCCUCAAUACGUAGCCCAAUAUUCUGGCGCUCAUAUCUACAACUAUGCCGUUUCUGGAGCAGUCUGCAGCAACAACAUCACCCCUCGUACUUUCUCCACCAUCAACGCCGACUUUCCAGAUGUCGAUGGCUACGAAGUCCCUGCCUAUCUCGCAGACAGCAAAUACAUAUACCCAAACGGCACAAAAGCUCUAGAUAUCCCUGUAGACUCUACCGUCUACUCCAUCUUCAUCGGCACCAACGAUCUCGGCAACUACGCUUUCAUCGACGACAGUCAAGUUGCUGGAAAAGUCAUUCCUGACUACAUUGACUGUGUGUACCAACAAUUUUCUCGUCUGUACGACUCGGGAGCUAGGUAUUUUGUUCUGCAGAAUGUUUCGCCUUUGCAGUUGACUCCGCAGUAUGGGUUGCCUAGUAAAGGUGGGCUCAAUGCUACGCAAUACUGGCCUGAGAAACCUGCCAAUAUUACAGAGGUUUGGGGAAGGAUGCUGGAGACUGUGACGACUGUCAAUGAUGUCUACAAGUAUCGCACUCCCUAUGAGGUUUUGCUUGCCAAGAAGUUCCCUGGCGCUCAUUUUGCUCUUAUGGAUAUGUAUGGUUUGAUCACCGAUAUGUACAACAACCCCUCUGAAUACUUGAACGGCACCAACCCUACCGUAACUGGCUAUGUCAACCACUGCACCACAAACGGCACAGACUGUGUUGCUGCUUCUAACCCAGACUCAUACCUUUGGUAUGAUCCGCUGCACCCUAGCGAACAAGCCGACCGUAACUUCGCCAGAGCAUUCAUUGAUGUAGUGAAUGGCAAUAGCAAGUGGGCUACUUACUACUCUGCUUGA